ACAAAUCAUUUUUGAGAUAGCGUCAAAGUAACAUUCUGUGAACGUUUUAUAAUUUGGUCACUCAAAUUUAAAUAAUUGUUUUCGUUUAAGAACUGUCUUUCUUCCGAUUCCUUGUUUUCAAUAAAUUCUGCCAAAUUCUGCUGAUUCUGUUCCUCGUGAAUUAGAUUAGGAUCAUAAAAUUGGCAUAUCUAGCAGCUACUGCUGAAAACUGAAAUCCCUCACCCACUAAGGUGUCGGGUUUUGGAAUUGAUUUUCAUCAUUUGUGUUUGGUUGAUCAAUAGAUUAGGUUUCUGUGUCGGCGUGAUAUGAGUUAUAAUGCUGGCGAUGAGGAGGAUUGUAGGCUCGUGGAGGAUUACGUGAAAUUGGAGGGAGGCGAGGCGGAAACGUCGACGUCUGGUUGUUGCGACGGCGGAGAUGAUGGUGGAGGGUGGUUGUGGUCUUUGUGGUGGUGGGCGAAACUGGUGCUGGUGGUGUUGUUUGUUGCCGUGUUGGGCGCGGUUUUCUUCAAAUGGAUCGGACCAUUUUUCAUGGACAAGGAAAUUAUCCCGGUGAUAAAUUGGGAGCAGAGAACUUUCAGCACCGCUAUUCUAGGACUCAUAGUGUUUGCUUCUCUGGCAAUAUUCCCAGUAUUUCUUAUACCUUCUACACCAUCCAUGUGGGUUGCUGGGAUGACUUUUGGUUACUGUUAUGGUUUUCUGAUGAUCAUUGGUGGAGUUUUGAUUGGCUGUUCUAUUCCUUAUUUUGUUGGUUCAUUAUUCUACCAUAGAAUCCAUGUAUGGUUAGAAAGGCACCCAAAGCGAGCUUCUAUCAUAAGACUAGCUGGCGAGGGGAACUGGUUUAGUCAGUUUCGAGCUGUUUCUUUGAUUAGGAUUUCUCCAUUCCCGUAUGUCAUAUAUAACUACUGCGCUGUGGCUACGGAUGUGAAAUAUGUUCCUUAUUUGCUGGGGACUGUGGCGGGAAUGGUGCCAGAAAUAUUUGUUGCACUUUACACGGGGAUCCUGAUUAAAACAUUAGCUAAUGCUUCAAAAGAUGGGAAGUCCCUGUCAGUUUCCCAGAUUGUGAUGAGCGUGGCUGGGUUUUGCGUCAGUGUGAGCGCGACUGUAGUUGUGACGUGGUAUGCAAAGAGGCGACUGAAGGAGCUACAGAUGCGAGAGGAGCUUUUGUUGCACUGAAUGCAGUCGAAAUGCAGCUGAUGAAGAUUGAAGGCCUAAAAGAUGAACCAACAACUGUUUUGCCACACAUGGUUAUGUAUCAACCAAAUUCACAUAUAGAUUUAUGUAUGUACUCAACAAAUGGAAGCACAGCCUUUUCAAAUGGUGUUGUUCCUUUCUUAAUGUCAAUACAUAUAUUUUAUACCAACCCAUUUUUUUCAUUUUAAUUGUAAGGCUCGUGUCCUUUUCUUUGUAAAGUUAUUCAAAUGGACAUUACUUUGGCUGUAUAAUGUUAAAUUUUUUUUUCUUA